AUGCAAGAUCUUAUAUACGAAGAUGGUGACAUUGAUGCUGAUGAUGAUUGGCAAACAUCCGCAUCUACUUCCACCGUUUUUCAGCAACAUGAAAAAAUUACAUUUAAGACAAUUCAAAAACAGUACACACUCUUUUUACUCGAAAUGAGAGAACAACAUAUGUUACCACAAGGGAUAAUUCAAAAUAUUACAACAAGUAUCCUGAACUUAUUUGAUAUGACGAUCGAUCUUAUAGAAGAAAAAGCAAAAGAAGAAAAUAUUAAUGAACAACAAUCAUCAACAACAAUGAUAUCUACAAACAGCAUUAGAAAAACCAUCAAGAAAAUUGAAGAAUUAAUUACUUUCUCAACAAAAAAUGAAUAUCAAUUUAUUAAAUCUUGCAAAAGUUUCUUUGAUUAUACACCACCUAUUGAAAACCUUAUCUCAUCAAAAGAUGAAAAAAAAGAAUAUUCGUAUCAUGUAUCAAUUAAAGAUUCCUUGAAAAAGAUAUUAGAAAAAGAUGAAAUGAUACCGUUACUUAUAAAUAAUAUUCAAGAUCAAAAUGAAAUAACGCAAGCUGAUUCCGACUUAAUGUUUUCUUUUCGGCAUGGGAUAAGAGGAAAUAAAAUUAAUAAAAAAUCAUUCUUGAUUCAAUUAUACGUUGAUGGAAUCGGUGUAACCAAUCCAAUAGGGCCAAGAAAAGGUCUUCAUAAUAUUACUAUGGUCUAUUUUCUUUUGGAAGAUAUACCAGAUAUAUUUCGAUCAACAUUACAAUGUAUAAAUUUGGCAGCUAUUUGUUAUACGAAGUAUUUAAAUAAUAAUGAAAAAAUGAAAAAGUUCUAUGCUCUAAUUGUGAACGAUUUAAAUGGAUUACAAUCAACUGGUUUAAUCAUAAAUACUUUCAACAGUCAAAUCUACUUUACAUUUACCACAAUAGCUGCUGACAACUUAGCAGCGCAUGAAGUAGCAGGUUUUCAAGAAACAUUUAGCUCGGGUCAUUUUUGCCAGCGAUGUUUGAUCUCGUAUGAAAAUCGUUUAGUAUCAUUAGCUGAUGUUGACAUUAUUCCUAGAGUAAAUGUUAAACACCAAUAUUAUUUACAACUACUAAACGAACUUCCUAGUAGAAAGUCUGUAUUUGGUGUAGUUGGACCAAGUCCCUUCGACGAGUUAAUCAAUUUUGAUCCAACACAAUGUUUUCCCGGUGAUAUAAUGCACGACUUUUUCGAAGGUGUUUGUCCUUUGAUCGUGAUAGCAAUGCUAAAAGAAGCAUCUAAUUUAAAAUUAAUUACAUAUGCUGGUAUACAAGAAAGAACUGAGAGUUUUUCGUAUGGUGCAUUCGAUUCGUUGGACAGACCACAACCUAUACAAGUAAAACACUUUCAUAAAAAUUGCAUCAAUGGGACUGCAGCACAAAAGUAUUGUUUAUUCCGUUUAUUUCCUAUUGUUUUUGCUGAUAUAACUGCACGUUUAAAAACAUUCAAGAUUUAUUUGGUUUUACGUGAAAUGCUGGACAUGGUACUGGCUUUACCUGUACGAAAGAGUUGGUUACCAUAUAUCGAAACAUUAGCUAUUAGCUUUCAGAAGGAACAAAUCGAUGGUGAAACAUUAUUUUAUAUGAACGACUUCGAUCUUCUGAAACCAUUUAAAUUGUCGUACAAGAAUCAGUUACUGUUUUUAACAGAACGAGAAAAAUUAUUUUUGACAAAGACUAUAAAAGAAAGUCCAACAUCAUCAUCAACAACACACGAAACAACAGCAAACGUUGUCAAUGAUAUUGUACAAGAAACAAGUGAAUAUAAUGAUGUCGUUCAGUUGUCAGCAGAUUUAACAGCUGUUACACCACCAAUCUCAACAAAUUCUUCAAUAUCUGUAAAAUUAUUACCAGAUCCAUAUGUAGUACCUGAUUUACCUGAUCAAGUCAAACAUGCAAUUACUAACAAAGAAAUGGAAAAAUUUGAAAAAUUAUGCAAUUUCAGAUCUAUUGUGAUCGAUGCAAUAUUUUACGACUUAAAAACAAAUUAUGAUUUGAUUUAUCCAACAAAAACACAAUAUAGUACUAUUGUUAAUGGUCUAUUAAAUCAUUUAGGUGUGGAAUAUGAUACAAAAAAAAUGGUAAGUGAACGUCAUCAAUAUUUAUUACAAAACUAUGAACAUUCUUUAUUACAGAAUUCUUGGCGUGAAUCGUUAAUUUCCAAAUUUAAACGAGAACGACAAAAUUUGACACCAGCUACUCCUCUACCAACAAUACAAGUAGUGGAUGAUCAUUUAAACAUUUAUCUCGAUUGGACGUUCAUUUGCACAUCAAAAUCAAUUGAAGAAUCAAUUGCUAUUCUCAUUGGAUUAUACUCGUUGAUGGAUCUCAAAUUUAAUACGUAUAGAGUGGCAGCACGAUUUUUUUACGCAUAUUUAAUGAACGAUCAACAAAAGCAGCCAAACAAUAUUCGUAAGAUUUUUAAAGAGCAUAUUAUUGAGCUUGUAUGUAAUCCCAUAUCAUCUGUUCAACUUCAACAUCAAUACCAAUCAUCUAUCCAACUGCAACAUCAAUCUCCAUCAUCUGUCGAACAAAUUAAAGAAAUAAACAACAACAAAGAUUUUUUUCCUGAUGAUCGUGAUGACCGUGUCCAUGAUUUGGUUAUUGACAACGAAGAAAACGAUGAGCAACAAAUAAAUAUCAACAUUUCAACAUCAAAAACAAUUUUAAUGAAAUCUACUCCAAAAUCUUGUCGAAAAAGAAAAGCUAAUCAUUUACCAGAGAAUACAGAUUUAGGUGAAGAAGAAAACACUCCACCAAGAAAAAAACUCACCAAUUCAAAGCAAACCAAGCGUCAUUAA